AGAGAGAGAGACUGUGUGUACGUGCGAGUAAUGUGAGUCUGUCGUAGUUACUCUUCCUAUCCACCCGUUUUCUUUUCUGGUAAACAUACUGAUUCCCCCUUCCCUACCCGUACCCAGUACCCAACAACCUCCCAUCCACCACCCACCCAGCAUCCCCGUGACGUCACUGGGUGCGCAGAACUCGGAAAGCGGGAUAACCCUUUAUUCUCUUAAUCCUGGCAUCAGUGCGUCCGUAGCGACGGCGAUCGUUCCCGUAAUCAAGAAUUUUCGCGCCUCAUGUUUGAGCUCCACGCGCUGUUUCUCGAGUCAGAUGGCGAGUUGAAGUAUCUGGCUUCUUUUUCCACCCGUAGUGUUGCCACUAGCUCUGUAUAUUUAGGGGUAACUAAGCUAUUCUACCAUUCUGGGGGCGAAACUUUGCAACCCCAGCGACCCGCCGUGUCAAAGCAUCCUGAUAAGAGCGAAGGGACACCCUUCGUCCUAGAUUGAUGAGUAUUGAGAGGACGAAGAGAGGCUUUGACCAAGACUCUGAUGACGAGGCCUCACCACCAGCAAAGUGCCAAGCCCCAGACAUGCCAUCAGAGCCCCAACCUUCAACUUCCAAGCAAUCCAGUGACGAUGAUAGCUUUCAACUCCAAGGAAGAGAAUAUUUGAGGGCAAGAAAGUCAAGACUUGAAGAGAAAAAGAAGCAAGAAUCCAACCCACCACCGACUCAGCCAAAAGAGCAGGCCACCUCCCGGCAGCAGUCCAGUGACGUCCCAAGGAUACUUGUACCAGCCACGAGUGGCUUUCAGUCCCCCGUGGACGUGGCGGAAGACUUAGAAGCCACUCUAAACCUACGGGGGAAGCUUCCAAUGAAAUUCCUACACUCAGGACAAGUGCUACUAUCCCCACCGACGAUGGCUCUUCACGACGCCAUCAUGAGCGUGAAAAACAUCAUUGGGAAUCAGAUCACCCUACAAUCCACUGUCAGCAGCAAUGUGACGAAGGGAGUGUUGAAAUACCCCCUACUGAUGCCUCUUUCCAUAGUUCAACGCCAUCCACAAGUACUAUCUGUGGAAAGACUAUCUCUCCGAGACGGGGAAUCAACACGGCAGCUGCUGGGCCGCGUUCCGUUGGGGACCGUAAGGCGUACAGUAUGGCAUACUUCCCCCGAAUCGGGGGGAACCAGCAUACAGCUCGCCUUGUGGAAGCUUGCGGGACCUUGCGCUCCUCGGAGGUGAAUGCUUGGCGGUGUCUGGCAACUAUUGUUUAUCAACAAACCGCAGACGUCCGCCGCUUCACCACUAUAUUUUCAGUGUGGGGGAUGUAAAUGCUAUUUUGACAGCUUAUGCGACGUCACAGAACAUCAAAAACAAUGUGCCUCUGAGGCAGAAGAGACAGCCUCUACCGCCAUGGUAGCUGCUACAGAGGCCCCUCCA